AUGAGGAACCUCAAGACGAUUGCAUAUCAUGAAACGAGGCUGAAGAACGAGUUGCCGUUGACCGCGACGGCCUGGGAUGCUGGGAACGACACGGUAAUUUGUGCCUUUGGGCCUACCCCAACACAGCCCAUCAUCGAGUUGAAACGGAGGAAUCCUUCUCUGUCCUCCGGCGACGAUUUUGCAAGCAUAACAUCAUGGGAUGCUCCUUGUCCCCUGCCGGACCUCGACUGCGACGAAAUCCUGCUUCUGCAGCAUUUCACUGACAUUGCGACAUCUUGCCUUGUCCUGGCGGGCGGCGAUGUUGUGGUCGUCCGUGAAGAUCCCUCUCCGGACCAAGAAAAGAUCGAAAUUGUCGGGAGUGUUGAUGUUGGUAUCUGUGCCGCUGCUUGGGCUCCAGACGAGGAACUCCUGGCUAUUGUCACCCGAGCAGAUACUCUAGUGUUGAUGAGCAGGAACUUUGAGCCGCUCAACGAAGCCACACUCUCCCCAGAGGACCUGAAAGUUUCUAAGCAUGUCUCGGUUGGCUGGGGCAAAAAGGAGACUCAAUUCCAAGGCAAAAGGGCCAAAGCAAUGCGCGAUCCUACGAUGCCCGAGACUGUCGAUGAAGGAAAACCAAGUCCAUGUGAAAAUGGCAAAGUUACAGUCAGCUGGCGAGGUGACGGUCAAUACGUGGCCAUCAACAGCAUUGUCCCAGGCCACCGCCGAGCCAUUAGAGUCUUCUCUCGCGAGGCUGUACUGGACAGUGCAAGUGAGCCUGUUGAUGGAAUGGAAUCUGCGUUGAGUUGGAGACCGUUUGGAAAUCUGAUUGCAGGGAUUAAGCGGUCAGACAACAGGAUAGAGGUCAUCUUUCUCGAGAGGAAUGGCCUUCGACAUGGCCAGUUCGAUCUCAGAUUGACAAAAGAUGAAAUGGAUAGCUGGGCAUCCGACGUUACUCUGACAUGGAACAGUGACUCAAGCGUACUGGCUGUUACAUUCAAGGACAGGGUACAAUUCUGGACCAUGGGCAACUACCACUACUACCUUAAGCAGGAGGUUCAGCUUGGGUCGCACCAGAGCAAGGCUCCCUUGCGCUGGCAUCCGGAGUCACCGCUGAGAGUGUCAUUUGGAGCUCAUGAAUACUUGUUGGAUCUGACCUUCCAGUCCACUGUGGCCCGUGGAAGCACUGUCCCUCCAGACGACCAUGGGAUUGUCAGUGUUAUUGACGGCAAGACAUUGAAGCUCACCCCGUUCAAACAGGCUGGUGUCCCUCCGCCCAUGUCUUUCUGCGAAAUCUCUUUCACCUCCAAUAUUGUUGAUUCGGCCGUCAGUCAAGACGGACACAAAGUCACGGUCUUAACGACAGACACUAUUGAGUUGUGCCAAUGGGUCACUCGGUCGACUCCAAAAGGCGAGGCCAGAUUCACGACGCAAGUCCAGAACUAUUCCAUUGCACUUCCGCGCGCAGGAGACUCGUCUCAGAGUCUUCGAUACACCCAGGUCACGCAAAAGGCCGACGAGGUGUUCCUCCUAGCCCCUGCCCAGGCGAACGUCGGGGCAACCUGCCACAAAUUGGAAUGGGGCAAUGACCCAUCCACCGCAACCUUUGAAGACGUUUCGACACCCCAGGGAUCUCAGAAUUUGCUCAUCGACACCUUCUUCGAGACCCUCUUCUGCACCGAUCCAAGCCAAAACGCUACUCUUUCAGUGUCCGACCCUCAUAGUCUUGAUCAAGUUCGGCUGAGCGGUUCCCAACCAAACAGUUCCCUCUUUACAGUCCCAGGUGGCGCAUCCAAUGAAAUUAUAAACGGACACAGCAUCCAGUAUCACAAAGUCUCACUAAGCCCCAAGGGCAGUCUAUACGUGAACGAUACUCUUCUGGCCCGAGAAUGCACAUCAUAUGUUGUCACCUCGGCCCACCUCAUCUUCACGACUUCGCAACACCUCUUGAAAUUCGUCCACCUGACUGAGCCUACAGACAUGCAGGUACCAGGUGACACGCCCGAAAUCGACGAAAGAUGUCGCAACGUGGAACGCGGCGCGAAUAUCGUCACGGUCAUCCCCUCCAUCUACGCCCUGAUCCUACAGAUGCCGCGUGGCAACCUCGAAACCAUCUAUCCUCGCCUGCUUGUCUUGACUGGGAUCCGACACCACCUCAAACAACAAGACUAUCUGGCCGCCUUUUUAGCAUGCCAGACACACCAGGUCGACAUGAACAUUCUGCACGACUACGACCCGGAGACAUUCCUGGCCAAUGCGCCCAAAUUCAUCGACCAGCUGAAGAAACCGAGCCGGAUCGACGAGUUCUUGUCCAAAAUCAAAGACGAGGACGUAACCCAGACGCUCUAUCGAGACACUCUAACCGCACAUCCUCAACCUCCGAACCAGCCAGAGAAGCCUUCCAACCCCGUAUUGGGAAACAAAGUCAACAAGAUUGCCGACGCCUUCAUUUCAGCCCUGGCAUCCAAACCGUCUCAAUACCUCCAGAACACCAUCACGGCCCACGUAUCCAAACGACCACCUGACCUGAACUCUGCUCUCUCACUGGUCUCUUCCCUCCGGCAGACCUCCGAGGAAGAAGCCGACAUGGCAGUCGCGCACCUCUGUUUCCUAACGGACGCGAACCGGCUCUUCGACGCCGCGCUGGCGCUAUACGAUCUCGACCUGACGCUUCUAGUGGCGCAGAACGCCCAGCGCGACCCCAGAGAAUACAUGCCGUUCUUGCAAUCGCUGCACGAGAUGCCUGUGCUACGCCGUCGAUACCAGAUCGACAACCACCUGAAAAAGUACAGCAAAGCACUGGCAUCGUUGCACGCACUCGAAGCCCACGAUGAGGUGCGCACAUACACGGUCAAACAUGGCCUCUACACGACGGCGAUGGAUUUGUACAAAUACGAUCGAGAACAUCUGGAGCCCACGACUCGCCUGUAUGCCGAACAUCUGGCAAGUCAGUCCCAGCACGCCUCAGCCGCGACUCUGUUCGAGUCCUUGGGUGACUACGAGACAGCAUAUCCGCUGUACGCACUGGCUCAUAAAUGGCGCGAAUCGUUGACUUGUGCGACCCUCGUGCCUGUGGAGCGUGAGCGGCUUCUCAAUCUUGCAUCAUCCCUCGCCACGACUUGCGCCGACGUGUCGCGCGACUACCGCUCCGCCGCGACAAUCCACGCCGAUUAUCUCGACGAGAUCCCCGGCGCCGCCAGACUGCUUUGCAAAGGUUCCUAUUUCGCCGAUGCUUCACGCAUAUUAGCCAUGAGAGGCCUGCAGGCUGAGAUGCCGACGAUCAUCGAUUCCGGCCUGACCGAGAAGUUCGGCGAGAUUCUCGAACUCGUGGCUGACUGCAAGGGACAACUAAGUGCGCAGAUCCCGCGGAUCGAAGAACUGCGGCGCAAAAAGGAGGAAGAUCCGUUGGCCUUUUAUGGCGGCGAUCCGAGUCUUAUGGAUGCCAAUGCGGUCGAUAUUCCGGAUAACAUUUCCCUCGCUGCCACCGAUGCAAGCACGGUUGGUGGCCAGAGCUUGUUCACGCGCUACGGGUCCAACGCUAGUAAGUUCGGCGGCACCGUGGCGUCGAAUGUGUCGAGAAAGACGUCUAAGACGAAGCGACGCGAGGAGAGGAAGCGCGCCCGCGGGAAGAAGGGGAGUGUGUACGAGGAGGAAUACCUUGUCGCCAGCGUGGCAAGAUUAAUCGACAGAGUUAAUGGCGUGCAUGACGAGGUUAAGAGACUAAUCAGUGGCCUGUUGAGACGUGGCAUGCGGGACCAGGCUGCGAAAGUCGAUGAGGUCUUGAAAGAUCUCGCUGAGCAAUGCUCCAAAGCCAGAGGCGAGGUCUGGCAACUCCCUCAAAGUGAUCAAAUGCAGCCAGCCAAUCUCUACGAUGUGAAUGGCGAGGGUCGGCCUUCAGGAGCAGACGGCGUCUUCUGGGACAGCCAACAGGAAAUGCAAAAGAAAGAGGCGCCGGAAGUCAAGGCAUGGGCUGCGAGUGAAUUGCUCACGUCCUAA